AUGCCGCAGAAGGAGCACAGGACCGCACCACAGCCGAGGGGAUUCGGCAAUACAUUUCGGGCUAUCACGAUGGUAGAAUUAAUAUCAGCUCCAUGUUCUGUUCGGUUUUCCGUUGGACUUCAUGAUUCCGAAAAGAUGGUUGGAAGAGGGCUAAGAGGAGAUAACAGCUUUUGGAAAGGGAGGUCCGAGUCAUCGAUUCAGUUUGGCUUGCAAUGUUCGAGCUGGUGGCCUCGUUCCGAGCACAGUGAAAUGAUGAUCGGAGGAAGAAAAAGUAUGCCGUCUUACGAAAAGGGUUUCAUGUAUGAGUGCUCUCCAGAUGUGUACGCCAUGCCACGAGCGGGGGUUUUGUAUUCGUUCUGCUGUGUAUGGAAGGGAUGGACUGAGCAGCGCCACGGGACAGAGUCCGUUUAG